UCUAAAUCGAAAAGCAACAAUGACAGAAGAAGAAGACUGCAAUUGCGUCCUUGGACCUCCUGGCCAGCGUGGCCCAGCAGGACUCACGGGAGAAAAAGGAAAUGCAGGAGCUGUUGGUAAGCCUGGUAAAACAGGGGAUCCCGGUCUUCCUGGACUGCAGGGGGAGAAAGGUGAAUAUGGCUCACCAGGCCCAAGAGGAGUGUCUGGUUUGAAGGGAGACAGAGGAGAUCCGGGCUUGCAAGGAUUACCAGGCUCUCCAGGACCACAGGGCCAGAUGGGUGAGCCAGGACAUCGUGGAGAAGUUGGUUCUAAGGGGGAUCCAGGGCUGCCAGGAGAAGCAGGCCGAGUGGGACCCCAGGGGGAGAAAGGCUUGCAAGGACCACCAGGGAUAAACGGCGCACCGGGUGACUGUGGUGAUGCGGGGGUUAAUGCUCGUCUUGCUUCACCAAGCCAGAAGGGCUCCACAGGGGAACCGGGUUUACCAGGACUACCAGGUCCUCCUGGGUAUCCGGGGUACAAAGGGCACAAGGGGGAGUUGGGAGAGCCAGGUCCAAAAGGAAAUGAGGGGAAGCCAGGCAGAGAUGGAGAGCCGGGGACUGACGGCGUGCCCGGCCAAGUGGGACCCAGAGGACGGGAAGGAGAGAAAGGAUGGAAAGGUGAGGAGGGUCUUAGGGGGCUGGAUGGCAAUAAGGGAGAUAUGGGCCACGUGGGCCACACGGGUGCUGUCGGUCCCCGAGGAGUUCCUGGCCUGGACGGGUUGCCAGGUCAACCAGGUCAGCCUGGAUAUCCUGGAAAGCCAGGCAGGUCGCCCUCAGAUGAACAUCUUACCAGACUCUGCACUGAUGUCCUCCGUGUUCAACUCCCUGCACUGCUCCGGUCCAUGGACUCUUCCGCCAGGUGUGAACCGUGCCAAAAUGCGAAAGGACUCCCCGGUGAGCCAGGAGCACCGGGGCCUAAAGGCUCCUUGGGAAUUCCAGGUCACCCCGGCAGGACUGGCACUCCAGGAUACCCAGGAAUUCCUGGACAGCGAGGUUCUCCGGGCCUCAAAGGUGACGCCGGGCUGAGAGGGAUCAAAGGCAGCAAAGGAGAAGGUCAUCAGGGACGUCCAGGACCACCCGGACCGCCAGGGUCUCGAGGUCCUUCUGGCUUCGAUGGACUCGGCCAUCCAGGAAACCAGGGAAUACCCGGGGAAACGGGAGCCCCCGGACAGCCGGGUAAAAGGGGUAACCCGGGGACACCGGGGAUAUGUGACUUAUCCAUGUGCUAUCAGACCUACAACCUCAGGGAACAUUACAGCAAAGGACCCAAUGUCUGACGACACAGUCCAUGGACACAGCUGAUACCAGCUCUCACACACACAACCCAGCCAAAGAUGAUUUACUGUAUCACCGAUUCAUGUGCGGAUCUUGACUCCUGCAGAAGAACUGCAGCACUGGGGUAACCUCACACUCAACAUGAUUCACAGUUGUGAAGUUCGGCUGAGAUUCCGGGUUCUACUUGCAGUGGGUCACUUGACUAACAAUGGUUCUGGUUGCCAUAGAAACAGAGUAGCAUCAAUAUAAUAACUUAUUUUGUGUUCCUACAAAUAUAAUCUGUUGAUGACUGUAAGGACUACAGUAAAGCAGAUUUUUUUAUUAAAUAUAUGUACUUCUACGUAUUACACUACAUUUUUUUUUAGAUGGAUCGUGUUACCCAAAUUUUUCAUUGGAAAAAAAAUGCAUGACGAUAGGUACUGAUAAUUAUUAUUCGUAGGUAUGCAAAAUCAUUUUCUUUUCAAGUCAAUACGAAUAACUUCCGGCUUCUCACAACUGACAAAGGAUUUAAAUAUGCUAUUUUUAAAAUGUAGAUUUAGCUUAGCAACGUCUUUAGCAACAGCCGUGUUCAAAGGCUUUCAAAACACCGUUGUUUCAGUUGGCUGAUAAGGUUCGAUGUGUGUUUUUUCCCCUCCUUGCAUAAUUUUAAUGGUACGCCAAAAGUAUUCGCCUGAAACAGUGAAGAAGUAUCACACGAUCAACGGCAUUUUUUUUUUACAAUGAGCUCAGGCGGCGUUUAUAAAAUGGCACCCUAACUCUAACGUGUAUACUUACCCCCUUGGGGUGUUGUUGGUUUUUUAAUCGAUAAUCAGAGCUAUUUUUUUUACAUUAUCUGAGCAUGUCAUAAUUUCUCCUGUCCGAUAUUUAUCGUCUACCCCUAAUUAUUGGAAUUACAUGUGUAACAGUGCCCCCUAAUCGCAGUUUGAUAAGUAUCUUUUUUUUUUAAGGUCACUCUUUUAGGUACACUGAAGCAACAAAAAUGUAAAUUAUAUGGCUAAAAAAAAGACAAAAUGUAUUGAAAUAAUCAUAUGUUGAUUUAGUAAUUAAAUUAUUCAUAACAAAAGUGCCCAUACGGAAAAAAGGAAGCUACAUUUUCUAAAAUGAAGAUGCUAAACACAGGCCAGUGUAUGUCAUCAUAUUCCAAACUAAUUGAAAAAAACAUUUUAGUUUGGUGUUAUAGCUAAAUAAAAAUAUUACAUAAAUCCUGACAUAUUUCUAAAAUCAUCUCUUUUUAUCCAAAACAACUUCAACAUACCCGCAAGGUCACAUUAAUCAUCACAUAUCGUCUGGUAUAAUAGUUUCUAGCACAUGUCAGUUAUUAAUAAUUGUAAAAAAAAAUUUAAAAAGUGUGAAAAUGUACGUACUUAAAAGGUAAAUUUAGAUAAGUUUAGGGAUGGGUACCUUCCUCGUUUAGAACAAUUCAGUACCGAUUCCUGGCACCUGAAAACACUCACUAAAACUGGUACUCACCUGUACCAGUUCUUAGUACUUUUAAUCAAUAAAAGGAUCAAUAAAAUACCCCCAGAGAUCAAUAAAGUACUUUCUAUUCUAUUCUAUUCUAUUUUAUUGUAUGUGUGUUCAUGUGGUAAUACAUGUUUUUUGUUUAAUAAUAAUUUAAAAUUAAAUAUUUAACAGUGAGUUGAUUAUAUUAAAUGUGUAUAAUAACAGUUAUAUUUAGAGUCUUAUUUGCAAUAUGCAUUAAUCUCAGUCUGUCCAAGGUGUGUUGCCGUAGCCAGGAAGUAGUCUUUGCCAUUAAGCUGAAUGUGCCAGUUUUGUCUUUUGUUGAGUCAUUCAAAGUGUUAAUGCUGUAAAUACUGUAACUUUUACACAUUAACUGUUUGAUUGUAACACGCAUCUUAGUUGUAGUUUUCAUUGCCAAAUUUGGAGCUGUUGAAAUUGCCAUGUAAAAUCUUUGAUACUUGGUUUUUUGAAAUGCUUGUUUGGUUGGCAUGGAAAAGUUACAACUAAGCCCGGCUGAGUCCGCUUGUUUGCCCGCCAAAUGUGUGAGCCGGCGCAGAGUCUGCAACCGGAUGUGACGUCAUGUGCAACAACAAAAAAAAGGUAUCAAAAUAUGCACCUGUUUGAUUUUACGUGAAUUGCAUCAGACUUUAUUAAUGGUAACUAUAAAGGUGUCAUGUUUUGUGAUCACAUUCUGUUUGGUUUUGCACUCAUUGUGCACUCUUGUUUGUUUUGUCACUAUGACAACUCAUUAGUUUCACCUGUUAUGUGUUCACGACUCAUGCACCUAAUUUGUUUAGACUCACGCACCUGUCAAUCACGGCACCACUAUUUGAGCCUGCAGUUGCCAGGCAGUCAGCCUGGCGACAUCAUUUUCUACACACCCUUGCUAUCUAUACUGAUGAUCCAUGCUCUUUUCUCGUUCCAAGUAAGUUUUUGUUAUUCAUGCCAUAGUUUGCAAGUUUUGUUUUUGUCAAGACUUGGACUAGGACGUGGAUUUUUUCCCUCGACGCAAAGGAAAAUUGGCACGAGCCAGGCGAGAAUGUAAGUACAUUUUAAUUUAUGACAAACUACAACAAAAGGCAAACAAAAGGCAAACAAAAGGCGCGCACAAUGGCGGAGAACAAACAUGACUAGAAAACAAAAGACUAGCACAAAGGCUAUAAACUUUAAACAUUAAACAAAACACUUGCACUGUGGCAUAAAGAAAACCAAAAACUUACUGUGACAUGAGCAUGAGGGAAACAGCAUGGCUUGGCAUGAAUGGAGUUGUGUAAUAUGUAAAGUUGCCAGCCUGAACACUUGGCAACUACAGGUUUAAAUAAUACCAGUGAUAAUUACAAGCAGGUGUGAGAACUGAGGACAGGGGCGUGACAUGAGGGCAAGGUGAAAAUCAAUGAGUUGGCAUGGUAACAAAGAAAAUAAGAUA